GGCAACAACCAGUCAAGUCCUUCCCCCAAAACGACAACCUGUGAGUACGGAAGUGAAGCAAAACUUCGCCACACAAAGAACGUGGGAUAGCUGAACGCACACAAUACCGCCAUCCGAUUUAACGAGCAGAUUCGUAUAGAAAACCAUGGCGACCGCCAACGACCUGGUGUACAACACGACUACGGUGCAAGCGCCCAAAAACAGAAAGUGGUUCAUCGUUCCGACGGAAUAUCUGGACAAAAAAAGAUGCGCGAUUAAAGUGGUUGAAGUGCUCUUUUCUUGUGUGGCGUUUGUGGUCGAGGAGAUCGUGUCUAACUGCUCAGCGUGCGGGCCACUCUACUUCUUUGAAUUUGUCAGCUGCACAGCCUUCCUCUUCACACUGUUGCUUCUCAUCCUGCUGGCCACACCGCUGCACCAGAGAGUCGGAAUUAACAGUUGGCCCACUCUGGAUUUUUCAUACACGAUAGGUAUGGCGGUCCUAUUCUUCCUUGCCAGUAUUGUGUUCGCAGCAGACAAUGGCGGGACAUCCAUGGAAAAAACUGCAGUGAUAUUCGGCUUCAUGGCCACAGUAAUGUUCUUUAUUGACUUUGGUUUGUUUAUUAAAGAGAAAGGUAUUCCAUGCAAAAAGAGGACCAGUCAACCUACUGAAACCACUGCUGGGGCAUUGCCAGAGCGUGAGAAACUUAAUGGGACUGACUAAAAAGUCCUGGGAGUAUUUUUUACCAACAUUUGAUCUGCAGACUGCUGUUAUAUUUGAGUCUUUUUUCUAAAAUACAGAUUUAUCCAUAGGCUAUAAAUUUUUUCAAUAUUUCCAUUCAUAUCACUAUGUUAUCUUGUGCUUUUUUUACUCCGCAAUAGAUGUCAUUGCAUUUGAAGUAGUGGACAUCUCGUAUCGUUUCUUAAUGGCACAAUGACAAUGUUUCAUGUUUGUACAUUUGUAGUGGAACAGAAAUGAAAUUAUUCUGCCCAACAUCUUGCUUAUGACUUAAAAAAGAUUCAUUAUAUUUCUUACAGAAGUGCUCAUUCGUGAUUUAUUUAUUAUGUAUUCAUUCCCCAUAUGUAAUAUAUAUUUUCUAAGAAAAAUCAGGAUUUGAUCACUACCUUUUCACAAAAAUAGGAAUAAUCUGUGGAUAAAUUGCUGAAAAAAAAAAACAGCAGUUUGUAUAUAUUGAUUUUUUUUUUGUGGGACAGGUUAAUACUGCACUGUAUACAUAUCAAGAAAUAUGUCUAACUGUUAAGAGGUUGGCAAGGUGUUGUAAAGGAAUAAAAUGGGACGUAGUUAUUAAAGCCCUUUUAUUAUAACGUUCGCUGUGCAAGGGAUGUCAGGGGUGUACAGUCAGUUUUUUUAAAUGAUUUUUUUUUUUGUAUUGUUUGGAACUAAAAUAGUUGUAUAUUUCCCCUUAUCUGACAUCAUGGGAUCAGAGAAGAUGAUUUUUAUUCUGACUUGUACUUUGGAAUGGAAUAAAACCCUUUCCAAACAGAUGUUUAUGUGUGUAUGUGCGUAGGGCCACGUGUGUUUAAAAAAUGCCCACAGAAAUGAACGGACUGCAAGGUUUGGAUGACACUAAUUUGCCUUAUGUUGUAAUCGUCUUAUGAUGAAGAGCAGAGCGUUGCGGUUGAAUUGUGCAUAUGUACAGUAAGUUCUAGAUUAAAUGCUGACCUACUUUUUUAAUCAACCUGACUAAACCAAAUCAAUGACAUGUUAGAUGAAAGGUUUGAUCAUGUGAUGGUUUUUCAUUUCUCCAAAUGUUUAGAGUGGGUAUGUGUAUGCCAGAAUUGUUUAAGGGUCACAUGGAACACAUUACCAGCACUGUUUUUGUGAACGACUCUUCGUAUCAGAUAAGCAAUAAACCGUUUUCAGAGUUCCAAGUA